AUGAAACCAUCAUCAUCGAAAUCUAUCCUUCUCAUCGCAGUCCUCGCGGGCAUCGCAACCGCAGGACCGAUUGCGUACGGUGUUUGUCAGAGUGGGUGUGCGGCGGUGGUGAUGGCUUGUUAUGGGGCGGGGGGCGCGACGUGGGGAGCGACGGCGGGAGCGACGGCGCCGGCAACGAUCGUGGCGUGCAAUACGGCGUUUGGGGUUUGUAGCGCGAAGUGUGCGGGGUUGUUGGUGGCGCCUAUUCCUUGA